UUAAGUUAAAUCAUAAUUUUUUUUUUUUUUUAACAUUAUUAAUACACUAGAGAGAGAAAUAGCCCUAGUUUAUUUCUAGAGGCGCAGCGACGAUCUUUCGAGCUUUUUUUGUUUCUUUUGCGAUGAAGACAGUCACCGGAAGUGUUAACAGUGCGAAACCAAUCUCCCUCUCUAAGGCGGCUACGCUUCUCUACGGCUUCGUUUCCUCUGAGACCCAGGCCUCUCCAGACGUUAGCGCGUACCUCCGACGCGCAUCUGCUGCCUUCACCGAAUUAAGGAGCUUCCACAGAGAGAUUCGAUCGGCGAAUCAAAAAUCCGAGCUCCAGGAGCUGGGUGGAGCUAAGGGGAUUGAUGAUUUGGCGGGUAACGAAACUGUGACCGGAGAGGAAUCAGUUCAUGGUCGGAAACAGGAUAAGAAGAAGAGCAAAGAAGAAGAUGUUGUUGAGGAGAAGGUGAUGGUGAAGUUGGAAGACGAGGAAAGGAACAAAGAGAGAAAGAAGAAGAACAAAGAUGAAAAUGCUAUUGACAAACAGUUGGAAGAAGAGAGAAAGAAGAAUAAGAAGAAGAAGAGCAAAAAGGAAGAUGUUAUUGACGAGAAGUUGGAAGAAGAGAGGAAGAGCAAGAAAAAGAGGAAAUCAUCAAAGGAGAUUGAUGCUUGAAGGUUUUGUUUUAGCUCAAGGUUUGCUCAACUUUUCAUAAGUUUUGGGUCAAAUGUAGCUAAAGAUGUCCCUUGGUGACUAUUACCGAUUUGAUUUUUGGGAACACUCUGUUAUGCAAUGGAGAGUUAUUGUUGUUUUA